CAGGAUUAAAAAAUAUUUUAAAGGGUGUCAAAAGCACUUUGGCCUCACUAAAUGGAAUAAAACCAAUUUGAUCAAAUACUUUUUUUUAUAGGUAUUGACUUUUUUAAUCGAAAUUUUCUACAAUUAAACAAGAUUGUAAUAAACAGAAGUGGCUAGAACAACAAAUUCAAGCAGGUGUACAAAAAAGGUUUCUCAAAACUAGGCAAAUUUUUGACAUUGUAAAAUAAUUUUCUUGAGCCAGUAAAAUAACCUUAAAGGGUUAUGAAAUGUUACUCAGACCACCACCACCCUUUGUGGCCAGAAUAUUGCAAGUUCAGAGUUUACAAUCCAGUCUUUGUUUAACUUAAAGCGAAGCAGACAUAGCAGCUUCCAGCAUGUUUCCUACCUGCUCUAGAUCAUGAACACAGAUGAUUUGUUUAAUUUAGUGAUGAACCACUCACACAGACACUAUUGAAGGGUGAGGAGACAUUUCUGCUGUUAAACUAUUAAGGUGUUAAAAACAAAUGCACAGCGAGGAGCUGUUUUUCUUUUGCUUUCACUAAUGGAACACUAGGGGGCGGUAAAAGCAAGCCAAAACUGCAAAGUAUCUUUAAAGGGGAACUAGGCAGUUUUGGCUUGCUUUUAGCACCCCCUGGUGUUAGGUUUUGCUUUUGGUUCUACAAACAAUUUCCUUGCUGUGAGUUUUGUCUUUUUAACACCAUAAUCUAACAACUGGAAUGUCUCCUCGGCCUUCCUUAGUGUCUACAGGAGCGGUUCAUCACUAAAUCAAACAAAUCAGAUGUGUUCAUCAUCUAAAACAUGCAGGAAACGCUCUGGAAGCAGACUGCAGUGCCAGGUAUGCCAGCUCAAUUUUUCCAAGUCCCAACAAAGCGGACGCAGGUUUGAAGUUGCAAGUGGAAUAUUCUGGCCACAGGGGGCACUAGAGGCUAGGUGACCUUUCAUUAACCCUGUAAAGGGUCACUUUAGCUCAUACUGGCUCAUGAAAAUGAUUUAAAAAUAUGAGAAAGUUGCAAAGUAGAAACGACUAACAGGAAUUGAGAAAAUUAACCUAACAGGAAAAGUUUCACACGUUUACAACCAAGCUAAUUUGGAAUACCCCCACCCCCCAAUGCAUUUGAGCUGUGUCAAUUUCCACUGUUCUGCAUCUUAACGUGUUUACCACCCGUCUGGUCUGGCAGGAGGAAGGAUGAAUUCAGGGCUAUAAGAGAAGGUGGAGCAGUGCUGAGUUUGGGACACAGAUUGUAAUAUGAUGAAGAUAAAUGACAUCCAUUUGCCUUGUAAAUAUGCUGGUUGAUGGUUUCUCGGAGAAGGAACAAACAAACACCCCCAACUCUCAACUGGAACCUUUCUAAAAAAACAAACAAACAAACAAACAAAAAAAAACACCUUUAAUCAUUCUGUAAAUUUGCAGAAUUCUCUGCCAAACUAAUUUCAAAUUAGUAUUCAUACACUUUUAUUAAACUCACUUAAAAAUGUUCUAAAUCAUUUAUUUUUUGCAACCCUUAAUAAAAAGUCUAAAGCAAAACUUGUGUUGUUGUUUCCACUGUGGUUGCAUUUAACACUUUUAUCUGUCCGUCUGCAAGCUGCAAACAGAAGCAUGCACGCGAAGCCGAGCAGCCCUUCCCUCUGGCAGGUCUGUGUGGUUGAGGGAGGAUGAGUGACACCACGGUUAGUGAUUUGCAUGGCUCCAGCUUUUAAAAGGGGCUGCAGGUGGAAGAUUUUCCUCAUAGAUGUGCAACUGAGUGAUUGGAUCAGGAAGAAACCAUUUCCAAUCCUGUUUGUAAAGUUAGCACUUGGGUCAGUUAUGAAGGAUACCAGUUUUCUUUUGUGCAUCAUGGAGACGUUCUCACCAGCCUGGAACUGAAGAAAGCUUUCCCUGAUGUCAGUGCAGAUGUUUCUACUGCUGCUUCUCUGGAGUUUGAGGGUCACUGACACAACGACAGGCACAUGGAGACAGUGUGCAGAUUUGCUUCCAUUGGAUCUUCUGUCCUUUGUUCUUGAGAGGGACACCUCCAAACUGGUGCCCGGGGUGCACAUGAAGCAGGCCCUCGGGGUGAGGGGCGUUCACUUUCUGAGCCCUGAUGCCCCCUUGAGCUUUUCCUCCUCCCAGAUUCUGGUGAAUUGUGACCUUUUCCCCAAGGAGUUCUCCAUCAUUUCUACUUUUAAAGUGAAUCACAGCACACCAAAGAGGAAUGAAUAUAUCUUCUCCUUGCUGGAAGCUAAAACUGUAAAAAGUGCAGAGGAAGUGGUAGAAGACACUUUAGGAAUGGAGAUGAUGAGGAACUUUUCCGGAGAAGCGCAACAGGCAAAGAAGAAAACUAGGAGCCACGAGGAGCCUGGACGGCUCAUCCUUGGACUGAAAUUAUCCCAAAACGGCCGUCUGCACUUCCUCUUCAAAGGUCAAGGGGAGGCUGCAGAGCCCAGGGUGUUUCGAGAUGCCCGGUUGGCGGAUAACGAGUGGCACACUCUCGUUUUAGCCAUCGGCCGUCAUCACACCAGGCUCACAGUGGACUGCAAAUCACCGCUAGAAAUCACUUCCUCCAGGCCUUUCCCCUCAGACCUCAACAUUCAGAGAUCCAGAUUCCACAUUGGCAGCCGGGGGAGAUGGAAGGGCUUGUUUUCAGGUCUGCUGCGACAGCUGGUUCUUGUGCCAAACUCAGAUGCCACCCAUCAGAUCUGCCCCUCGCUUGACCCCCAGCUGGCUGCUCUGUCGAUUCCUCCGCUGCUCUUGGACCGGCCUGUCAGAAGAAAGCAGAGCGAUAGACCCAAGGUUUCCUCUGAAGCUGCACAGCGAGUGUCAGUGGCUUUGGAGAGGUCGUGUUCAGAGCUGCAACAAGGCCAGAUGUGGUUUAAUCCGCUCAGGAAGGGCCUCUACGUCUGUAACGGUUCAGUAUGGAUCACAGUGUUGGAGGGUAGGGGUUCAAGAUCCAUGCAUGAGCAGGUUCUAUUUCUGUUUUCACUGCUAGUGACAUUAUCCUUUCAUGCAGAGCGUGAAAGACUGGACUACGUGUUGGAACAUCAGGUCCUUACCACCAGCUCAGAGACACAUGAUGUAGAGGUGUUUCAGGUCCCUGGCGUAGGUUUGAUGGCUGCUAUGGCCCACCGGUCCCCAGCCUCUGGCUCAGCUUUGUAUCUGUGGACCCAAUCUGGUUUCCAGCUCUACCAGAACAUCAGCACGCAUGGUGCUCUGGCUUGGAGACAUUUCAGAAUGGGGAAAAAAGUAUUCCUUGUGGUGUCUAAUUCCGGCGCUGGAGCAGACUUUUCUGUGGUUUACAAGUGGAGCAACAGAAGAAAACGUUUUGUGCACCUUCAGACCCUGCAGACCUUCUGUGCACGAGACUGGGAGGCCUUUAACAUUGAACAACAUUCAUACCUUGCUGUAGCCAAUCACAGGCAGGGUGACAACAACCACACGAUAAACAGUGUGAUAUACAGGUGGAACAGGUCAAUAAAGUCUUUUGAGGUUCACCAGAUGCUACUCACUUCAGGAGCCUACGACUGGGAGUUCUUCACUGUGGGACCAUACCAUUUCCUGGUUGUUGCAAAUGCUUUUGAUGGAGUGACCACUUCUGUGGACUCUAUCAUCUACGUCUGGAUCAAUGGAAAAUUCCAGGUGUUUCAGACAAUCAAGACAUUUUGCGCCACGGAUUGGGAAAUGUUCCGGAUUGGCAGCCGAGUGUUUCUGGUCGUUGCCAAUGGACACAGACUCCACGGUAACGGGCCGAGUCAAUACACCAUCAACUCAACAAUCUACGAGUUGGACAUGAGUGGACAACUGUUUGUCCGUUUCCAGGAUAUAGUCACCCACAGUGCUGUGGACUGGGAAUUCUUCAGCCUUGGGGAGGAACAUUUUCUGGUUGUUGCUAAUUCCUAUAACGGAGAAUCCUACUCUCUCAACAGCAUUCUCUACAGGUGGCAGGGAUAUGAAGGAUUUGUUCCCGUUCACUGGCUCCCAACGAUCGGAUGCAGUGAUUGGGAGUUUUUCAGCUCUAAUGGAGAGUCUUAUCUGAUCUACUCUAGUGCCAAAGAACCUCUCUCAAAAGUAUUUAAACUGAAAACUUACUAGAGAAGAAAUUGUGUGUGUAGCUUUUUGUACUGUAUCUGUGAGAGGUUUAUUCCUGUGUAUAUUUUUGUAGAUUUUUGGAAAUUAUCAUGGAGAAAAACAUUUACAAUAAUUUUAUUUAAUAGUCCAAUGCAAUUUAUCGAAAUGAAAAGCAUUGUGUGUGUGUGUGUGUGUGUGUGUGUGUGUGUGUGUGUGUGUGUGUGUGUGUGUGUGUGUGUGUGUGUGUGUGUGUGUGUGUGUGUGUGUGUGAUGGGAAAAUUUUGAAUAUGGUGCUAACGUUCAUUUGAAGCACUACUUCAACUUUAACGGUGAAACUAAUAUGAGAUAGACUCAUUAGAUACAAAGCCAGAUAUUUCAAGCCUUUGUUGUAAUUGUGAUGAUUAAAGUUUACAGCUUAGGACAAUCCCACAUUCAAAAGCUCAGACAAUUAGAAUAUUGUGAAAUGGUUCAAUAUUCUAGACUCAAAGUGGCCCACUCCGAUCAGCUAAUGAAUCCAACAAAAGGUUCCUGAGCAUUUAUAUGGUCUCUCAGUCAAAGUAGAAUUGCUGAAAUAAAUUGACUUUUGCACCAUAUUCAAAAUGUUCAAGUUUCACCUGUAGGUUACUCAGACAUUUCCCAAUGGUUUUGGUUAGUAUAGACCUCAUAUAAGUCACAUAGAAAUAC